GAACACAUUAUAAAUGGUUUGACAAGAAGUGGUAAAGAACCCUCCAACCAACAAUGGAAGAAAUAGUGAACUGAAUCGAGAGAUGGAAUGGUCUAUGAGUGAGUCUUUGUUGAAGAAUUUGAAAAUACAACAAGAUCCAUGGCUUCCUCGAAACACUUGGGAAGGAGGAGGAAGAAGAACACUACGCGAAUCAAAUUCAUCAUCGAAUCAAACCCUCUCCACUCUCUCUGAACCAUGUUUGGUGAGAUUGGCUACCAAUGCUUUGUUAGGUCUUAAAUCAUCCCUUAUCACUAUCCAUAACAUAUCAAACCCUUUCCUUUCUUCCAAUCCCCAUCCCCCCAAUAACACCUUCCUCCUCCAUCGUGCUUCCACCACUCACUCUCUCUCAAAUAUACUUCUAUCUAUUGCUUCCACCGGCUCUCUCGUUUUCCUUCUCCGUCAUUUUGUAGAUCAUUUUACAGACAAUUCAAUUUCCCAAAAUCAACACCUUCCUCCCUAUACUCUUGUCAAUCAAGCCUUCGCCGUUGCCGUCGGAAAUGUCUUACAAGGAUACAUUUCUGGACUUAACACAAUCCACUCAUCUCUAAUUUUCAGACGUUCCUCCUCCAAAUCCAAACACCCUGGUUGUUUGAACAGUGUUUCACAUUCUGAAAUUACACUGCUUGAGUUAUUUCUCCACACAAAACAACUCACAGUUCAGAUUCAAGCCCUUGCAAAUAUAUGUAACCUACAAAACUUGGCUCUUUGCGUUUCAGAUACUGAUUUUGAGAAUCUCAUUACUAAAGCUACUUCUCAAUUUUGUAACUUCUACAGAGGGGGGAACUUAUUAACUUAUUUGUAUGCACAAUUACAGGUUGCUGAUUCUGCUCACUGUGCUUUGCUCAAGUUUCUUUUUCUUCAAUCCUGUGAACCGUAUUGUGGGUUCAUUAGAUCUUGGAUUUUCAAAGCUGAAAUCCAUGAUCCCUAUAAUGAAUUUAUUGUUGAAAAUAUGGACUGUUUUUCUCCUAAGUCGCAUGAUCAAGCUGGUAAUUCUGUUGACUUCCCAUCGACAAGUAUCAGGUUGCGAGAUGGAGUUCCCAUUCCUGGAUUUCUCAAGGACUUACUGGUUCCACUUGUUAGAGCUGGUCAGCAGCUUCAAGUACUGUUGAAAUUACUUGAGCUGUGCAUUCAUGUUGCUGCUGGAGAACAUAGUUCCGAUGACUUUCUACCCUGCUCGAGUGGCUUCUCAAGCAAUAGUCUGUCUUAUUUUUCUCCACUCACUUUCAGCAAAGAUAUUAUAGAAAAUACGGUGCUUGCAAGAGAAAGCUACUAUAAAAGGAUGAAUGGAAAAAUCGAAAGCCUUUUGAGCAGCUUACAAGUUAGAUAUCAGCAGGUACCUAUGCAUGCUCCAGUUCCUUCUUUUGAUAAUGGUGGGGGGACUUUAGACAAGCUAGGCCAGCUCAUGUCCGAAGACGAACCUAUUGUCUGUCCAACAACAGAUAAAAGUUCUUCAAAUAUGGGAUUUGAUAAUUUGGACUCGGAUGUGUCAAGUACAGAAGAUGGGUUCUCUUUGCUGGAAGAUGUGUAUGGUUCAUCUGAAAGUUCAUCCUUAAACAGCACUGAGGAGCAAUUGGAGUCUGAUCAGUUUAGUGGCUGGCCUUUCCCAAUAGCAGAGCAACAAAGUCAUCUAUCUGCUUUAAAAUUCUUGAAGAGUACUACCUUAAAUAGUUCAAUACAAAAUUCUUGUCAUCAUGAAAAAUCAGACAGUGGUUCACAUGGAAUAUGUGAUAAAAUGGGUGCCAUCGAUCAUUUGGUGAAGUCCUCCAAUGAGGGACUGAUAUCAAGUCACAUGUUUGAUACUCUAAAUCCUGAGAAUUCAGGGCACUCAAGUAAAUUCAGUAUUCAACAGAGAGGUAGCUGCAUUGACAGUUAUUCAUCAAUGCUCCCCUUACUGAAUAAAUCAUUUGAUGAUGAGGGAACUGUUGAGCAAAAGAUGACCGAAAAGCACCUGCAAUCCCUGAAAUAUUCCCAGUUAUGCCACAUUGCCAUUAGUGAUACUUUGAGUGGGGAAACCUUGAGCGAGGAUCAACAUGUUAAUGAUACACUAGCUUCAUAUUUGUGUGCUUUUCAACCAUUAAAAAUUGGGCAUCUGUGUAAUCUUCCUAGCAUUAAUCCCUUUAGUAAGAACCUAAUGUUGACUAGAAAUGUUUUGCUUCAACAGACGGGAAUGAGAGGGGAAAAAGGCAAAGCAGAUCAUGUACAAACUUUGCCUUACUUCAACUUUUCUACUGUAGAGGACCCUUGUAAGGUUUAUAUGGACAAAUUACCCACCAAUUCAAUCUCUAUAAGUGCAUCUUCGUUUCCAUUGGAUAGUUGUGCAUCUGCUCAUGGUAAUCACAAUAAUGAAUAUGGAGAUGUUGGCCAUAGGAAUGAAGAUGAGUUGGUUGAUGAUCCCAAAUACUGUUUUGAUGCUGCACUUGAUGUGGUAGAACAUAAGCGAUGUGUUUUAACAGAUGCAUCUGGUGGAAGCAGUUGGGAAAGACUCCUGGGAAAAUUUAGGAAAACUGCUGUUUGUGAUGCUACUCAAAAGCAGAAUUUGUUGUCAACAUUUGAGAUGCCACUUGAUAUUGUAAUUGACAAGUGCUUAAUACAGGAAAUCAUGGUUCAAUACAAUUAUGUCAGCAAACUAAUCAUCAACGUGCUUGAGGAGGCGUUUAAGUUGCAAGAGCAUCUUUUAGCACUGCGGCGGUAUCAUUUUAUGGAAUUAGCAGAUUGGGCAGAUUUGUUCAUCUUGUCACUUUGGCGACAUAAGUGGUCUGUUACAGAAGCUAAUGAGAGGCUUCCAGAAAUUCAAGGCCUACUUGAAUUGUCAAUUCAGAAGUCAUCUUGUGAGCAAGACACUAAUAAGGAUAGGUUGUUUGUGUACAUGAAAGGACAUGGGAAAUUACCUCUUUCAGCAUCUGCUAUUGGGGUCCGUUCCUUCGAUUUCUUAGGACUGGGUUACCAUGUAGAUUGGCCACUCUGUAUUAUUUUGACUCCUGCUGCGUUAAAAAUAUAUGCUGAUAUAUUCAGCUUUUUGAUACAAGUGAAGCUUGCGUUAUUUUCACUGACUGAUGUGUGGUGCUCAUUAAAGGAUACAGCACAUAUAACCAAUAAGGAUCUAAAUGCUGAACUGCACCAGCGUGGGGCAGGACAUCUUAAUAUAUUGAUGAAGAUGAGGCACCAGAUCAGCCAUUUUGUAUCUACUUUGCAGCAGUAUGUGGAGUCACAAUUAUCACAUGUGUCAUGGUGCAGGUUUCUUCAUUCUCUUCAGCAUAAGGUGAAAGAUAUGAUGGAUCUUGAGUCUGUGCACAUGGAAUAUCUUGCUGAUUCAUUAAGCAUAUGUUUCCUGUCUGAUGAAACAAAGGCAGUGGGCAGCAUUAUUGAGAGCAUUUUGCAAUGUGCACUCGACUUCCGGUCUUGUAUUUCAUUAGGUGCUUGGGAUAUUGGAAAUGAUCGGGGAGACUUGUUAGGAAAACUUUCUACAAUCAAUAUAUCCCAGGUGCUUUCCAUAAAGCAGAAGUUUGAUAGAAGUCUAAAUGAAUUGCACAUCUGCUAUGUCAAGGAACCCAAGCAUUUGAAUUUUGGGCUUACUCGUUUCUGGGAAUACCUCAACUAUAAUGGAUAUUAUUCACAUGUUAACAAUGGGAUGGGGUACUGUGCCGUCUGAAUUUUGCUAGCUGUGACGAAGAAUGAUGGCACAUUGCAUCAGCUGUGGCUUAGGAUUAGGAAGCCUGCUUUAACAGGUCAACAUUGAUUUGUGACUCGGAAUUCUCUCGCUUACACCCUCUCAGGUUUUGGAAUUACAAUAAAUCAUGUUGAGGUAGUGUCCCUGGGUUGGUUUGCCGAGUCAUGGAUGUUACUGUUAGGAAUGACUUGAAGUAAAAAAUUGUAUCUUUGAAGAAGGAACAAAAUAGAAAAAUACAAAAACAUAAAUACACAUUGCAUCUGUGACCAUGUCUCUGUCCCAUGGAGUUGCUAACUAAUGCUAGUUGAGAUUAUGUACAUGAUAGGAGAAUGUCUGGGUUACAUUCUCGAUGAACGACGUUACAAUUUACUUUGUAAAAAGAAAAGGAACAAAGAAAAAAUGUUGGUAUCAAAUGCAUCAUAUUUUGUCCGGAUCAUGGUAUAGGACACAGUCUUGAUUUUGCCUUGGUGAUAUCCACCAUGUAAUACUGACGAGUGACGAGUCAUAUACUGUGGUGCAUCGAAGUUUUAUGCAAUGAUAUUCUUAUGAUUGUUAUUCUCAA